UCACCGGAUAUCCGGAAGUGUUGCAUUGUGGGGGUUAUUUCGUUGGUCGCCAACCGAGUGGGUGAAGUAAUGAAUUAAGAGCUUCGAAUGCUUAAAAAAUUCCACCCCGGGCUUUAGCCGAACGCGCGCGGCGUCUGUUAGUUUAUCCAGGCAGCUUGAGAAUGAAUGAUCGGAGUUGAAUCAUGAUUAUAAACGCGCACAGGAACAGCAGCAGAAGCAGCUCUGAUGUGUGGAUGUGGAGAGUCAGCGUAAACUGAUCAACCGAAAGGUACUGACUCCUCUCAUCCUCCCUUCCUUGUGUCACACACUCAGACUCUUUCCCUGAAUUUGAAUUCAAAAGUAUACGUUCUCUCUGGCAGUGUUUUAGUGAUCUGCUAUAAGAAAGCCGGCCACACCAUUUGAAUCUCCACACAAAGCCGCCGCUGUGGGUGUUGUUUCAUUAACAGCCCAUUGAACUUCCUCGCCUGCUUUCGAUUCCCUUCAAACUCUGAAGCGUCUGGGGCCUGGCAGCUCAUCCCUCAUGGCCUCUUCAUCGGGCAACGACGAUGAUCUGACGAUCCCGAGGGCGGCGAUCAAUAAAAUGAUUAAAGAAACGCUUCCCAAUGUGCGAGUAGCGAACGAUGCCAGAGAGCUGGUGGUGAACUGCUGCACAGAGUUCAUUCACCUCGUCUCAUCAGAGGCCAACGAGAUCUGCAAUAAAUCCGAGAAGAAGACUAUAUCCCCAGAACAUGUUAUAAACGCACUUGAAAGUCUAGGUUUUGGGUCAUACAUCGCAGAAGUAAAAGAUGUUCUGCAAGAGUGUAAAACGGUAGCACUUAAACGGAGGAAGGCCAGCUCUCGACUAGAAAACCUUGGCAUACCUGAGGAAGAACUUCUCCGUCAACAACAGGAAUUAUUUGCCAAGGCACGGCAGCAGCAGGCUGAGCUGGCACAGCAGGAGUGGUUACAGAUGCAGCAGGCCGCCCAGCAGGCACAGCUAGCGGCGGCUUCAGCCAGUUCCGCUCAGCAGGCCGGAUCUUCCCAGGAUGAAGAUGAAGAGGAUGACAUGUGAAUCCCGGCAGGCUUUCACCGAAGCACACGGAUAGAUUGACAAUAUAUAUAUAUAUAUAUAUUUACAGACAUGUUCGGUCUCCCACACACACUCUGUUCUCUGUAACCUUAGCAGAGAGGGACAUCUGCAGUGUUUUCUUCUGUAUAAACUUUUAAAUCCCAGAUCACCAGUAUAAAUUCAUACUGACGGUUUAGGAGCGAUCAUGGGGUUUCUCCUGUGAUUUGUUGCUAUAUUUGCCUCGAUUCACUUGUUAACUAGAAUUAUUAGCUUUUGAAAAUCCCUCUUUUCUUUCUCAUUUGCUCCUGAUUUAAUUGAAGGCAGUUGCCAUAAGUUUCACCGUAUGUGUGUGGGAAGGAUGUUAAGUCAUGUGAUGUGGCUGUGACAUGAGGCGCACCAUGUUAAUUGUCAUUGGUUAAAUUCAGGAGCCGGCGUUUCGAAUCGCAUCCUGUUUUAGGCGAUUUGCGUAUUUCUCUUAUAUUUGUCUUUGUAAAAUAGCUUAAAGAGACACAUUUGGGGAACAUUUUUUGGAAGCCGUUCAUCCCCGCUUCUGUAUUUCUCUUUGUUCUACUGCGUGAGAUCAGAGAAUGAGAUUUGUAA